UUGAGCACGAUGACGCAAUUCAUGACGAUGAUCGUGGCGACCACCAUGACGAAGAUGAGGUACCUGCGGAGCCCGCCGCGCGUGACCCCACUGCGGCCCGCGGCCCGGCCUGUGACCUCACAAACGACCCUCUCCGGCGGCGGGACCGGACGCGUGCCCCGGUGGCCCUCCUUCCGCCGCCGCCGGCCAUGCAGGGGACCCCCAGCUCCCUGGAGACCCUGCUGUGGGUCUACCACUUCCACAGCUCCACGGAGGUGGCCCUGCAGCCCCCGCUCCUGUCCUCCCUGGAACUCGCUGUGGCCGCGGCCCAUGAAUUUCUGGAGCAGAAGUUCAGGGAGCUCGAGUCCCUGGAGUCGCAGCGGCCGCAUGCCCCGAAGCCCACCCUGGGGCUGGUGCUGAGAGAAGCCGCGGCCAGCGUCGUGAGCUUCGGCGCCACCUUGUUCGAGAUCUCCGCCCUGUGGCUGCAGCAGGAGGUGCGGCGGCUGGACGGCGGCGCCGGCAGCUCGGGCCCAGCCCGGAGCGCCGGGGAUCCGGGCGGAGCGCUGGCCCGGAUGGCCCGGGCCGCGGUCCGGGGGGCGCGGCACGCGGGGGCAGCGGCUGGCACUAGCGCCCGGCUCGCACUGCAGGGGGCGUGGCUGUGCCUGUGCGGGCGGGGCCUGCAGGGGUCCGCCUCCCUCCUGGAGCAGUGGCGACGUCAGCUGGGCCUGGGGACCCCCGGGGAACAGAGAUACUCUGGAGACCUCCAGGUGGCAUCCAGUGGCAGCGCGGAGAACGGGGGACCAGAGAGCGCGGAGAACGGGGGAUCAGAGAGCGCGGAGAACGGGGGACCAGAGAACCCACCGCCGCCGCAGCCCGGCCCCGCGUUCCAAUAAAGCCUGGACGGGACCGACCCAGA